AUGGCGAUAGACGGACUCGAGUACGAGUUCGGUGGCCCUAUAGGAGCUUUGGGAGUAACGCUCGGCACACCGUUCGUCACAUAUGCGCUCUACUUUACGUGCAAUGAGGGCGGAUGCCCCAACCCUGCCCUCCUUUCGGACCCCAUCGGCCACUUCAAGACUGAGGUAUGGCCGGGCUGGUCGGGGCUUUUCUCGUCCAAAGUGACAGCCUAUUACGCUGCAUACUGGUUCGGACUUGUCGCGCUGCAGUACAUUCUUCCCGGGAAAACCGUUUUGGGGACUGUGUUGAAGGACGGCACGAGGCUGAAGUACAAACUCAAUGGUUUCGAAUCCUUCAUGCUGGUACUCAGCUACUGCGGCGCCAUGACGUACAUGGAAGGCUUCGACUGGUGGCUAUGGGCCUUCAUCUGGGACAACUUCCUCCAACUCAUCACCGGCACGCUCCUCUUCGCGAUCGCCAUGUCCGUCUACUGCUACACCUCCUCCUUCUUCACCGGCGAGUCCCUCGCCACAAACACCGGCAACAUCCUCUACGACUGGUUCAUCGGGCGGCCCCUCAACCCACGCAUCCACAACCUCGACCUCAAGUCCUUCUGCGAGCUCCGCCCCGGAAUGAUCAUGUGGCCAAUCCUCAACUUUGCCUUCCUCGCCCACCAAUACAACACCCACGGGUACGUGUCCGACUCGAUGCUCCUGGUCAACGUCUUCCAGUUCUGGUACGUCUUUGACGCGCUCUAUAACGAGCCCGCGGUCCUGACAACAAUGGACAUCACCACCGAUGGAUUCGGGUUCAUGCUGGCGUUCGGCGACCUGUGCUGGGUGCCACUUACGUACUGUCUGCAGGCCAGGUAUCUCGCCAGCCACCCUGUCGACCUAGGGUACUUGGGUCUUGCCGGAGUCCUGGCAGUACAGGGUGCAGGAUACUACAUCUUCCGCAACGCAAACAGCACGAAGAACAGCUUCCGUACGAACCCGAAAGACCCUAAGGUGAAGGAUAUCAAGUACAUCGAGACAAAGUCGGGCUCGAAGUUGAUGGUUUCCGGGUGGUGGGGCGUCUCGAGACACAUCAACUACCUUGGGGACUGGAUCAUGGCGUGGGCGUGGUGUCUGCCGACGGGAUUCGGAACCCCGAUCACGUACUUUUAUGUAGCGUAUUUUGCGGUGCUACUGCUGCAUAGGGAGAGGAGGGAUGAAGCCAAGUGUAAGGCGAAGUAUGGCGAGGACUGGAAGAGGUAUACGGAGAUUGUGAAGUAUAGGAUUAUUCCUGGGAUCUAUUAG